UUAACAGAACUCUUCAAUAUUCCCGCCAUUUUUAAACGAAAACGACACGACAGAACACGACAAUUGGACAACAGAAAUCGUGUUGUGGUAGAUAUGUAGGAACAUGAGUAAAUCCAAAGAUGCAAGUGCUGCUAGAGCAGUACUGGAAUACCUGAAUAGACAGAACAGACCGUACAGUGCUGUGGACAUCUUCAACAAUCUACACAAGGAGUACGGCAAGACGGCUGUGGUUAAGGCAUGUGAAAGUUUGACAGAGGGAGGAAAAAUCAAAGAAAAAGUUUAUGGAAAGCAGAAGGUGUAUGUUGCAGAUCAGGGCCAGUUCCCUGAUGUUGAUGAUAAUGAGAUUCGGAACAUGGAUGCUAGGAUUGGUGAAUUAUCCACACAGAGUCAGGACAUGGACAGUCAAGUGAAACGACUGGAUGCUGAACUUAGAGGGUUGAACAGCUCUAUCUCUACAGAGGAGGCGGUUCUACAGCUGAAACGGUUAACUGACGAGUGUGAAGCAUGUAAAGGGAAGUUGAAGACUUUAAUGGAGGGCGGAAAAACUGUGUCGCCAGAAGAAAAAGACAGGAUUUACACAGCAAGAACAAAAUAUGUCAAAGAGUGGAGAAAAAGAAAGAGAAUUAGUAAUGAUAUUCUUGGAGCAAUAUUAGAAGGCUACCCAAAGACAAAGAAACAGUUAUAUGAUGAGGUUGGGAUAGAGACAGAUGAAGACUACGGCACAUCACCACCAGAAAUCUGAAGGUUACCAAAAGUCCGGUCAGAGGUCAACUGGAAGUCAGGUCAAAGGUCAACUAAAAGUCACAUUAGAGGUCAACCAGAAGUCAAGCAGUGAAAGAGGAAAUGGUCGGUUAAUUAUUAAACUUAAUUAUAUGGGACACUGUGAACUUCAAUAUGAUCAUUUGUUUAUAUAUGAUUGGAAACUGAUUGGUAUGUUCCAAGUGAAUGAACCAUCUUGCAACAGUCUUGUAAUAUGAAUUCAGUGCAUUCAGAAAAUAUGUGUUCAUAUUCUUUUUAUUGUAUAUUUUUUAUACUAGUUUGUUUUGUUGCAUCUAUGAAAUAAAAAUGUUUUAAUAUU